CCUCCUCCUCCUCCUCCUCCUCCUCCUCCUCCUCCUCCUCCUCCUCCUCCUCCUCCUCCUCCUCCUCCUCCUCCUCCUCCUCCUCCUCCUCCUCCUCCUCCUCCUCCUCCUCCUCCUCCUCCUCCUCCUCCUCCUCCUCCUCCUCCUCCUCCUCCUCCUCCUCCUCCUCCUCCUCCUCCUCCUCCUCCUCCUCCUCCUCCUCCUCCUCCUCCUCCUCCUCCUCCUCCUCCUCCUCCUCCUCCUCCUCCUCCUCCUCCUCCUCCUCCUCCUCCUCCUCCUCCUCCUCCUCCUCCUCCUCCUCCUCCUCCUCCUCCUCCUCCUCCUCCUCCUCCUCCUCCUCCUCCUCCUCCUCCUCCUCCUCCUCCUCCUCCUCCUCCUCCUCCUCCUCCUCCUCCUCCUCCUCCUCCUCCUCCUCCUCCUCCUCCUCCUCCUCCUCCUCCUCCUCCUCCUCCUCCUCCUCCUCCUCCUCCUCCUCCUCCUCCUCCUCCUCCUCCUCCUCCUCCUCCUCCUCCUCCUCCUCCUCCUCCUCCUCCUCCUCCUCCUCCUCCUCCUCCUCCUCCUCCUCCUCCUCCUCCUCCUCCUCCUCCUCCUCCUCCUCCUCCUCCUCCUCCUCCUCCUCCUCCUCCUCCUCCUCCUCCUCCUCCUCCUCCUCCUCCUCCUCCUCCUCCUCCUCCUCCUCCUCCUCCUCCUCCUCCUCCUCCUCCUCCUCCUCCUCCUCCUCCUCCUCCUCCUCCUCCUCCUCCUCCUCCUCCUCCUCCUCCUCCUCCUCCUCCUCCUCCUCCUCCUCCUCCUCCUCCUCCUCCUCCUCCUCCUCCUCCUCCUCCUCCUCCUCCUCCUCCUCCUCCUCCUCCUCCUCCUCCUCCUCCUCCUCCUCCUCCUCCUCCUCCUCCUCCUCCUCCUCCUCCUCCUCCUCCUCCUCCUCCUCCUCCUCCUCCUCCUCCUCCUCCUCCUCCUCCUCCUCCUCCUCCUCCUCCUCCUCCUCCUCCUCCUCCUCCUCCUCCUCCUCCUCCUCCUCCUCCUCCUCCUCCUCCUCCUCCUCCUCCUCCUCCUCCUCCUCCUCCUCCUCCUCCUCCUCCUCCUCCUCCUCCUCCUCCUCCUCCUCCUCCUCCUCCUCCUCCUCCUCCUCCUCCUCCUCCUCCUCCUCCUCCUCCUCCUCCUCCUCCUCCUCCUCCUCCUCCUCCUCCUCCUCCUCCUCCUCCUCCUCCUCCUCCUCCUCCUCCUCCUCCUCCUCCUCCUCCUCCUCCUCCUCCUCCUCCUCCUCCUCCUCCUCCUCCUCCUCCUCCUCCUCCUCCUCCUCCUCCUCCUCCUCCUCCUCCUCCUCCUCCUCCUCCUCCUCCUCCUCCUCCUCCUCCUCCUCCUCCUCCUCCUCCUCCUCCUCCUCCUCCUCCUCCUCCUCCUCCUCCUCCUCCUCCUCCUCCUCCUCCUCCUCCUCCUCCUCCUCCUCCUCCUCCUCCUCCUCCUCCUCCUCCUCCUCCUCCUCCUCCUCCUCCUCCU